UCCGCUCCGCUCCUCCUUCAACCUCUCUCUCUCUCUCACUACCAAGCAAUGCUUUCUCUGCAACUCUCCUCCGCCGCCGCGCCCAAUCUCUCCCCCACCUCGAAGCUCUCCUCCUUCUUCAACCCCGCCAAAACCCUCAAAUCCCUCCGCCCCCCACCGCCGAUCCAGUCCGUCCUCCAGUGGAACCGGAAGCCCCAGCUGGCCGGCGACACCCCCCGGGUCGUCGUCAUCACCUCCGGCAAGGGCGGCGUCGGCAAGACCACCACCACCGCCAACGUCGGCCUCUCCCUCGCCCGCCUCGGCUUCUCCGUCGUCGCCAUCGACGCCGACGUCGGCCUCCGCAACCUCGACCUCCUCCUCGGGCUCGAGAACCGCGUCAAUUACACCGUGGUCGAGGUACUCAAUGGUGACUGUAGGCUCGAUCAGGCUCUGGUUAGGGAUAAGCGCUGGUCUAAUUUCGAAUUGCUGUGUAUUUCGAAGCCGAGGUCGAAGUUGCCGCUUGGGUUCGGUGGGAAAGCAUUAGUCUGGCUUGUUGAUGCAUUGAAAUCUAGGCAAGAAGGGUCUCCUGAUUUUAUACUCAUUGAUUGUCCUGCCGGCAUUGAUGCCGGGUUCAUCACCGCGAUAACCCCGGCCAAUGAGGCCGUGUUGGUGACGACUCCCGACAUAACGAGCUUGAGAGAUGCGGAUAGGGUCACUGGGUUGUUGGAGUGUGAUGGGAUCAGGGAUAUAAAAAUGAUUGUGAACAGGGUCAGGACCGACAUGAUUAAGGGAGAGGAUAUGAUGUCGGUUCUGGAUGUUCAGGAGAUGCUGGGAUUGGCUUUGUUGGGGGUGAUACCGGAGGAUUCUGAAGUGCUUAGGAGUACGAAUCGAGGGUACCCUCUUGUUUUGAACAAGCCGCCGACAUUAGCAGGUUUGGCUUUCGAGCAGGCUGCUUGGAGACUUGUUGAGCAGGAUAGUAUGAAAGCUGUGAUGGUGGAGGAGGAGCCGAAGAAGCGCGGGUUUUUCUCCCUUUUUGGAGGCUGAAGUGAAGGUGUCGAUGGAGUUCAUGAUGCUUUAGAUUCAUGUUGAGUGAAUUCUGGUGGGAUCAAUGUUGGAAUGUUUUGAAGUACAGGUAUCUGCUUGUGGAUUGAAAGCUACCAGUUACUUGUCCAAGAGUAGAAAAAAUUGUCAAGCUGUGUAUAAUUUGGGUCAGUCUGUCUAUCCCUUCUGAGGGUAAUGAUUUUUGUGUUGGGAGAUCCUUUCUUUUCAUUUGUUAGCUAGAUGACUUGGGCCUGUUUUUUUAUUGAUGUUUAAAUGGCUGUUCUUCUUUAGCCCUAUCGGUUCAGUUGGAACACUUUUCUGUGACUUAAUUAGGAGUUGCUGGGAGGAAAGCAUUCUUGUAGAUCAAGUUGAAUUUAUUGCAUCAACUUGAGGUACUUUCUUGUGAAUGCUAGAUUGAUCAUCUAAGGCA